UCGGCCCAUCAGCAGGUCACAUGACACACAAGAUUGCAGCUAUUUGUCCACUACCGCGUUCAUCGAUCGCCUCAGUGUCUGCUGUUAUACAUGACUUCUAUGCGCUGCACUCGCAAAGGAUGUGGCAAGGAAUACACAUCCGAUAGUUCGGAAAAGUGCACAUUUCAUCCUGGGGCUCCCGUCUUUCACGAAGGGCUCAAAUCGUGGUCUUGCUGUUCGGAUGUGUAUAAACCCGUGCUCGAAUUUGAAGAGUUCACCAAAAUCCCGGGAUGCACACAGACCGACAAGCACACGAGCGAGGCGACCAAGCCCCCACCAGAAACUUCUAAAUCUUCUGCGCCAAAGAACGUCACCGUCACCGUCGACGAUCAAGGAAACGAGACCUACACGACCGGAAAGGCCGCCGCUCCUUCUGCUCAACCCACAGCACCAGCUGCUGUAGCUUCCGCUGUCAUGCGGCCAGCUGUCGUAGAGGAAGAGGAAGAUAUGAAUGCUGUCGUCGACGUGGGAACCUCCUGCAAGCAUAAGGGUUGCUCGGUUGUCUUUGCGAGCGACGAUGUGCAUCGUUUAGGCGAUGGACAAGGAACGAUCUGUGUAUACCACCCAUCUCCGCCUAUCUUCCGGGAAGGCAGCAAGGGCUAUCUUUGCUGCAAGCGUCGUGUUCUUGAAUUCGACGAGUUUCUGAAGAUCGAAGGAUGUAAGAAGGGUCGCCAUCUCUUCGUUCCGAAAUCAUCCAUCGGCAAUGUGGUCGAGCAGAUGACGACAUGUCGUAUCGACCACUAUCAGACUGUGGACAAGGUGCAUGUCUCAAUCUUUGCAAAGAAGGCAGACAAGGAGAGAAGCCAAAUCAAGUUCGAAGAAAAUCAUAUCUCCCUAGACAUCUAUUUGCCUGAUUCAAAACGAUUCUCUAAGACGGUUGAUUUAUUUGGGCCCAUCGAUCCCGACGCAUCGUCCUUCACUUUCUUUGGGACCAAGGUUGAGCUGGUUUUGCAGAAAUCGGACUCGAGAAGCUGGACCAUUUUAGAAAAGACUGACCAGAAUUUGGGGAACAUUAGUUUGACCUUCGGGGUCGGAGGUCGCACGGGAACCGUUGGUUCAAAGACUGUUAUAUUAGACGAGAGCAACAAAGCCAAGGCUCCUUGAGCCUGAUUGUAAUGAUGAAAAACGUUGCGGGGACAGCUUGUUUACUAUUGUUGUCAAGUGCAUCUCUCAUUUCCGGCUGGCGAAGAUAAUUUAGACCGACUCCGUCUGCAUGCUCUCGGUAGUGCCCAAUGUCAGGCGCACAUGCACGACCCAGCGCUCAGUUCGCUCUGUAGCGACUGCGGUCAAAACUAAACCCGUGGACGAUGCGUCGGGAGAGCGAGACAGGGCAGACCGCACGUCUGCUCUCUCUCGCGGCAAGUGGGCACCUCAAACAAAGUUCUCACUUCCUCCCCCACCGGACGGACAUCGACCUUCUUCAGCCUCACCCUCUGCCGGGCAGCCCCGACUUGCUUCCGCCAGCAAAUGGUCGCGUCCGGGAACGAGCCAAAAGACGAGCGAAGGACAAGGUUUACCUGGCCAGCCUCCCCGCGCAUCUGCACCCUCUCAUUUCGAACGCUUUCCGUCAUCUCCGUCUACAUCGCCUGCUGGCCAGCCGCAACUUUCUUCCACGAGCAGAUGGAAGCUACCAGCUGCCAGUCAGGGAGCGAGAGGAGGACCAAGCUCAUCAUUAACACCCCCACACUGCGCGCGCAGUCUCCGUUGCCCUCUUCGAGCAAAUGGGCUGCUCCAGGAGCCAGGACGCAGAAUGUCACCGAGCCUUCCGAUUCCAAUUCGAUGCGCUAUGAAGCACGAGCACGGGACCCUACCACUGGACAGGGUGCUAGCCCGCGCAGCCGGUGGCCGUCGCUUGCUGCCAAGCCGCUUGGGACGGGGCCGGUGGAUAAUCUUCUGGGAACGCUUCACUCGCAACAGGAGCGAGUGCCCAAACGACUCGAGCCUACACCGAGGAGAGCUGCUUCUCCUGCAUCCCGGCAUUCGCCGCCUCACUCCGCCCCUUCACCAACUUCAUUCGAGCGUGCGCCGGCUCCACACCUCAAUCCAUCUCCACGCUGGGGUCAACCGCCGCACUUCAACAAGCCGCCUUCUCGGGAUGCACAGCCCGAAGCGAGGCCCUCUGCUUCCCCUUCUUUCGCCCCCCGCUAUCAGGAAGCCACGCAGUACGAUCAACAAGAUUCGCGGCCUGCGCCUGCGAAAUCCGCGCUUUCGAAGUCCCGGCCUGCUCAUUUCUCCAGAGACCAGGUCGCGACUCGUGGUAAACCUGUCAAGGACCGCCAUGCCGCUAGUCAGAUUGAAGAGCCUUCGAAGCCGGCUAUUGCAAAGGUCAAGAAAGUGUGGAAGCCGGUCGAAAAGCGCAUCACUGAAGAUGUUUAUAUUCCGAGUACCGUGACUGUCGAGAAUCUGGCACGGCUUUUGGGCGUACGAUUGGAGGAUCUUCAGGACAAGAUGUACAUGGCUGGGAUGGAAAGCCAGGCCUCUUUCGACUACGUGUUGACGUCCGACUAUGCUGUGUUGCUCGCCGAGGAAAUGGGCCGGAGACCUAUUGUGAACGACGAGGCUGCUUUCGAUCUUUUCCCUCCGUCUCCUCAUCCGAAUCCGGAAACUCUGCCGACUAGACCUCCUGUUGUGACCAUCAUGGGCCACGUCGAUCACGGGAAAACCACUCUUUUGGAUACUCUCCGAUCCUCGUCCGUGGCAAAAGGUGAGGUUGGGGGGAUCACACAGCACAUCGGUGCCUUUUCGGUGCCCCUCCCCUCCCCAGAUCCGACGGGACCUCAGUCGAUCACUUUUCUUGACACUCCCGGGCACGCUGCCUUCUCGGCCAUGCGUGCGAGGGGAGCUCAAGUGACGGAUAUAAUCGUGCUGGUCGUCGCAGCUGACGAUGGGAUCAUGCCCCAAACGAGGGAGGUCAUCGAGUUAAUCAAGAAGGACCGCGACCACAUCGGGGUCGUGGUGGCCAUUAACAAGAUCGACAAGCACGGCAGCAAUCCCGAAGCUGUUCAGAAAGCCCUUUUGGUAGAGGGAAUCCAAUUGGAGGAUUAUGGUGGCGACACCCCUGCGGUCCAGGUCUCUGGACUGACGGGUAAAGGAUUACCAGACCUCCUGGAUACUUUGUCCCUCAUUUCCGAGAUCCAGGAUCUGCGGGCCGAAUCCGAUGGGCCUGCCUUUGGUUACGUGCUUGAAUCCAAAGUCGUCAAAGGUUUAGGGCCUAUUGCUACUGUGCUUGUCCUCCGAGGAACACUGAAGGCCGGUGCCCACAUCCUGAGCGGACUGCAUCAUGGCAAAGUGCGGAUGAUGCAUGACUCGAAUGGGAAACUUGUCAAAAAUGCUUCUCCGGGCAUGGCAAUCACCGUGUCCGGCUGGAAGUCGCUGCCCAAUGCCGGUGACGAGGUGCUCCAAGGUGCUGAAGGCGAUGUCAAGAAGGCGAUCGCGAAUCGGCAGCGCAAAGCGGACAUGCAGGCGUCGUUGGCUGACGUCCAGGCCAUCAAUGCUAGCCGCAAACUCGAGCGAGACAGACGUCAAGUGGAAGCAGCUGCAGCUGCGACCGCGGCUGCUUCACCGAACAUGGCUAAGGUGACCCAAGAACGGGAGGAGGGGGAAACAGGUCCGAAGGAGCUGCGUCUUGUGAUCAAAGCGGACGUCAGCGGGUCUGCUGAAGCUGUCGAGGGUGCGCUGCAGGGCAUCGGCAACCAUCUCGCCAUGACUAAAGUCAUCUCUUCUGGGGUCGGGCCCAUCAUGGAAUCGGACAUCAUGAUGGCCAAAGCGAUUGGAGGGACGGUAGUGGGUUUCUCUGUGCCCUCCUCUCGUGCUAUCGAGACAUUGGCUGGCCAGCACAACGUGCCUAUCAUCUCCAGCGACAUUAUCUACCGUCUUAUGGAAAGAGUUAAGGACAGCGUCAUCGCUCUGCUCCCGGUCACGUACGAAUCCAAGGUCCUCGGCGAAGCCAAAGUGCUGCAGCUCUUCGAGAUCACGGUCAAGGGCAAGAAACUGAAGACGGUGGCGGGGUCCCGAGUGCUCAACGGCGUGCUGGAUAAAACGAAGCAAGCCCGGGUGGUGCGCGAUGGGAAGGUCAUUCAUGAGGGCACAUUCGAAACGAUGCGGCAUUUCAAGAAGGAUGUGGCCGAGCUGCGCAAGGGGACUGAGUGCGGUCUGAAUCUGACAGAGUUCAACGACCUGCAAGUCGACGACGUAAUACAGGGCUACGAGAUCAUAGAGAAGCCUGGAGUACUAUAAAAGCUCUAAAUGUUAAAAACACUAGAUACAUACAUGGAUGUGCUACGGUAAUGCGAUCUGCGAAGACGCCACCGAGGAGCCAGUGUACAUGUAGGUCUGUGUCUGCGCACCGACUUGGUCGUAGGGAACGUAUCCGUUGGGGUAUCGCAUUGGCGUGAAAUAAGUGCCUGAUCCAGGAGGGCCGUCGAUGUCCGGCGUGUAUCGGGGAACUGGGACCCGCUGCGGACUGCCGAUGGUGCUGGCCUGUCUCCGGCUGCUCGUGCUGCGCGGAGAAAACGGAACAGGAGUGAAGUUGUUCGGAUAGGGGGACGAGGUGUAUUCUCCCUGGUAUCCUACCUGGGGUGACGGGAAUCCGGAUUUUGGCGACUGGUAUCCUCCCAUAGGGGACAGAUAACCUUCUUUGUUCGAGCCAGCCACGGACAUAGCCAUAUUGGGCGCUGGUGUCAUUCCAAAGUCCGCAACAGGAUUGGUAUUAUUGUACCACGAGGCCCGGGACCCACCCGAUCGCGGCCGUGGCGACGUUCUGGGCAGCGGACUGCCAUAUUCACUGGGCGGAAACCGAUCUCUCGCGUUCCGCGGAAUGAAAUCGACCGUUACGCGGUCAGGUGCCACCCACGGCAGAUCAUUCACCGCCUGCAGGAAUCGCUGAAAUCGCUGCCAGAGCGACUCCGGACCUUCGGGAAGCGCAUCCGAGUUCGGUUUCCCGUACCCUCCUUCCUGAGGAGGUCCCGGCCCCAUCUGCGGGGUCCCGUAUGCAUAGUCUGCAUAUUGGUGGGGCAUUUGCAUGUCGUGAUUCAUGAUAGUCGUCCCGUCAUACUGCUCUUGCGUCGUGUGCACCGUCUCCGAGACAGACGAAUCCGACUCCUGCCUCGUGUGCGGUGGGAUGUCCUGGUCAACAUAGCGUUCCCCAGAGACGCGAUCAAGUUGGGAUGUUGGAGAUGCGUAUCGCUGGCUGGGGACAGGCGUCGAGUACACCCCAUGCCGAUACACCUGAGAGUGCGUCGGCGUCGGCUCCUGCUCCUCAGGUAUCGUCUCGAUAUCGUAGUAGUGCCCUUCCAUAUCCGCCCUCGGUACAGCCGCAUAGUCUCCUUCUGGCCCGUCCUCAUACACGACGGCAGGGUCGGGAUACGCGAUCCCCGAGUCCCGCACAGGCUGGGACACACCCGCCUUCUGCUGUGCCCAGUUCUUGAGGUUCCCAACGAAGCCGCCGACGAAUCUUCGGCGAGCGGGGGCGAUCUCUGGCUGUUCAGUUUCGCCGCCUGCGUCGAAAGCCCCGAUGCGCGGGUCGAGAUUGAUGGCCGUGGAGGGAUCGUGGAGGUUGGGAGGAAUUGUCGCAGGUUCAGAGGGUCCUUCGUAAUCAGGCUGGUCGAUGUGGGCACCGCCGGAGAAAGGACGGAUUCGUUGGCGUCGUGGGGAGGAACGGGACCGGGAGGAAGACGAUCUGUGGACCGAGGAACGCGGUGCCCGAGGCGAUGAGAUUUGCAUCUUGUGGAUGUGCCAGAAAGCAAGACGCAGGGAGUCUGCUGCAGGGCCCCGUUCAACCCACCACUCGCGUCAUGCAUCAUGCGUGUGCAUCAUCCCCAAGGCACAGCACCGCCACAGUAUCCGUUCGCUUGCUUUAGCCUUCACUCGGUCCCCUGCGUUCUGUCACAGCCCAGCCUCGAGGCUAUUCAAGGCCUGCUCAGUUGGCGAGCAGGCCUUUUCAUUCCCACACCAUGUCGGCGACCGAGGACUCCGACUCCAGAGCUUCAUCGCCCAGUCUGCUCGCACCCACGCUCUCGACGUCGACCAAUUUCGUGCACGAGGCUAUCCUGGCGCCAUCCUCAGAGGGCUCCGAAUGCGAAGGGACCCCCAUCCUACCGUGGCGCACCGGAGCAGACACUCUACCUCAGGACACCCCGCCAGUGUAUCUGGGCGCGACAGACAGCGACAGCGAUCCUCCAGCAGGCACCACCGUUCUGGGCGUGCGGCGGUAUACCAAGAAACGCGUGAGAGUGCGCAGGAAACGGUACACGGUCAUAGAGGAAGAUGGAAUCAGUCGCGACUUUUUCCUGAUCUUGGUCCUCUGUUUCGUGUUCGCCUGUUUGCUGGUCCUCUCCGCGCGCCCCUUCGCCCUUGAAAUGGUCUGGUACAUGGAAGACCCAUAGCGACAUGCUCAGGCAGCAUUGUAUUUCGGCAACCAGGAACUAAAUGAAGCGCUAUCUACUCCUCGUAUAUCCGCACGCCUCCCCCUCCCCAUUUCAACAUGACUGCACUCCCCUUGCUUGUGGGCUGUGUGAAUGCUAUUUGGCCCUGGCGCGGAUCCAACGGGCAUCCAUACACGAACGUCUCUGCUGCGGCAUCUAGCAGCUUGCUUGCCACUCCUUGUCGUCGGUGUGCCGAGGAAACGAAGAGCCGCGGAAUCCCGAGAGGCGUUGGGAGGGCCUCGCGAUAGCACGAUACGGCCUCGCCCAUUGGUAUCAGAUCAGAGUCGGAUGCCGUGGGCGGCGCGAUUGCCAUGGCGGUAGAGAUUUGUUGUGCGAUGACGCAACCAACAAUCGUCUCGCGUGUCCCCGUUACACUCGGAACAAGCAGCAGAUACGCCUUGGAUGCCUGUAGAAUCGCCGGGGUCAAAUCAGGCGCGGAUAGCGCGAGGUUGAUAGUUUUCAGCAGCGUUGCCAACUGGACAUUUAUAAAUCACCCGGACACUCUUAGAAUGUAUCAUAGUAGACGGACCUUGGAACCAA